AUGGCUGACGCAACUCCCAAGCCGCCUAAGCCGUCGUUGACUAAUCGUGAGAUGGAAGUCGUCGUGGCCGCUCUCCAGAGUCUCAAGACUGGCAACAUCGAAAUCGACUACACCGAGCUUGCCACCAAACUGGGUCUCAAGGGUGAUGCGUCCGCUAGAUCGGUCUGGGCCGUGGUUAAGAAGAAACUUUUCGAGGGCGCAACUCCGUCUGACAGUCCGGCCAAACCCAAGACUCCUCGCAAAGCCGCGACUCCAAAGUCCCGAAAGCCUAGCAAGGCUGCAGCAGCCGCGGCGGCGGCGGAAGAUGACGAAGACAAUGCUGGUAGUGUUGCGGGAGAUGCAACUGCCCAAGCUGAGAUCGGAGAUGGUGACUCUGGCGCAGGCACUCAAGAUGUUCCAACUACUCCCAAGACCACCACCACCGGUCCAGCUGUCACCACUUCAACUGGCAAGAAGCGAGGCCGCAAGACCAAGGCUGAAAAGGAGGCAGAGGCCGCAGCAAACGGUGAGGCCGUGGCUGACGAGGACAAGGAGAAGCCGGCCAAGAAGCCGCGCAAGACUCCCGUCAAGAAAGCCAAAGCGGCUGCAGCUGCGGACGACGACAACGAUGAAGACGACGGUGUCGAGCCUGCAACUCCGACCAAGGCCAAGAAGGCGACCAAACCACGCAAGGCUCCAAUAACCCCUGCAACCGUCAUUUCUUCCCCUGUUGUCGCCGAUGCUGAUGAUGCCGACGAAGACUUGGACGAUGUCGAGAAGGCGCGUCGCGACAAGAUUGCCGCCGAGGCUGCCGAGGCAAAUGAUCUCUUGACUGGCAAGAAACCGAUCACUUCUGUGGCGAAUCUUCCAGCUGAAAGCCCAGAAGAUGUUGGUUCUACUGUUGAAGUCGAUACCUCGAAGAAGAUCACUGGUCAUGGUCAUGGUCAUGGUCACGGUCCGAAGGCCAAAGAUGCUACUGCUGCUGCUGACGAGGCUGAGGCUGAGUCCCAGGCCGUCGAUGGCGUGGACAGCUCUGUCUAG